CCCCUCUCCUCCUCCUUUCCCCUGUAGCCUCCAAAAAUAACUCACGCGUACGAACGCCGCCGCAGCGAAGGCAGGGUGGAAAAAUAAACGAAAAAAAGGAAAUAAAUCCCGUGUUCUCCGAUCGGAGGAGGCGACGGGCGACGGGCGACGAUGAGGGCGUCGAAGCGGCCGCUCGGCGUGGUGAUGGCGUGGGUGCGGCGGCAGCCGCCCAAGGUCAAGGCCUUCCUCGCCGUGGUCACCGGCAUGGCCGCGCUUGUCUUCAUCCGCUUCAUCGUCCACGACCACGACAACCUCUUCGUCGCCGCCGAGGCCGUGCACGCGCUCGGCAUCGCCGUGCUCAUCUACAAGCUCACCAAGGAGAGGACCUGCGCCGGACUAUCCCUUAAGACCCAGGAUUUAACUGCAUUGUUUCUAGCUGUUAGACUAUACUGCAGCUUUGUCAUGGAAUAUGACAUCCAUACAGUGUUAGAUACUGCUACACUUGUGGCUACACUUUUUGUUAUCUACAUGAUUCGGUUCAAACUUAGGUCAACUUAUAUGCUGGACAAGGACAACUUUGCAUUGUACUAUGUGGUGAUACCUUGUGCUGUGUUGGCGCUGCUAGUUCAUCCUUCAACGUCUCACAACAUCGCAAACCGAUUUAGCUGGGCGUUCUGUGUUUACCUGGAAGCCGUCUCAGUGCUGCCACAACUGCGUUUGAUGCAAAAUACCAAGAUUGUGGAACCGUUCACAUCUCACUAUGUGUUUGCGCUGGGGGUUGCGAGGUUUCUUAGCUGCGCCCACUGGGUUCUCCAGGUAUUGGACACUCGUGGGCGCCUGUUGACUGCGCUGGGCUACGGGUUGUGGCCGUCGAUGGUUCUCCUGUCAGAAAUCGUGCAGACCUUCAUCCUCGCAGACUUCUGCUACUACUAUGUCAAGAGUCUGGUCGGCGGGCAGCUGGUGCUACGGCUACCCUCUGGGGUGGUGUAGGAGGAGGAUCUGCAGCGGGAGGAAGGACGACUGGUUGGUUCGCCCAUGAGGCGUGCCCGAGACCGGAGCCGUCUUAGCCCAGAUAUAUUAUUCAGUUACAGCUUACAAUUUGCCAUUAGUGAGAAAAUCGCAGCAGCAGACAUAUAGGCUUGUCGGUGUGUGUGACUGGUAACAGCAGCGUAUGUAUGACCUAACCUGAGAGUAACUUUAGCUUCCGGUAUGUUUGUUUGUCGCCUCUAUUUUAGAAGAAAAAAAAGGCGAAGCCGAUGAUAGCUUUGAUGUGAUGCAGAGCCCUCGUUUCUUCGAACCUGGCAAAUUA